AUGCAACUUAGAAGAGCCGCUAGAGUUAUUCUUGUAGGCGCUCCCGGCGUCGGCAAGGGCACCCAGAGCGAACGACUGUUGGGGCGGUUCCCCCAACUCGCGUCCAUCAGCACCGGCGACUUGCUCCGCAGCAAUGUCAAGAACAGGACGCCGCUCGGUAAGCAACGCCCAGCAUGCAAAACAAGCCCAGACACUCCCGUUAACGUCCGCACAGGCAUCAAGGCCGAGAGCACCAUGAAGGCCGGCGGCCUCGUCGCCGACGACCUCAUGCUCCGCCUCAUAUCCAGCGAGCUCCGCAACCGCGGCUGGCUGCAGAGCCACGGACCCCCCGAGGUCAUGACGCUCUCGUCCGAGGCUACCACCACCGCCGAGAUGCAAUCCCGCGACAGCAUGGCAUUCGGGGCCUUCGCCGCCGGCCGCCCCCCCUCGCCCGCGCAGGCCUCCGAGGACCCUGCGGCGUCCUUCAUCCUCGACGGGUACCCCCGCAACGCGGCGCAGGCCGGCAGCCUCGAGGGCAUCGUCCCCAUCAACCUGGCCGUCUCGCUCAAGACCCCCUUCGAGGUCAUCCUCGAGCGCAUCGCCGGCCGCUGGGUCCACGAGCCCUCGGGCCGCGUCUACAACACGAGCUUCAACGCGCCCAGGGUCCCCGGCCGCGACGACAUCACCGGCGACCCCCUGACGCAGCGGCCCGACGACACCGAGCAGGUCUACCGCGCGCGCUUCCAAAAGUUCCAGGAGACCAGCGAGCCCCUGCUCGAGCACUACGCCAGCAAGGGGGUUCUCGUCGAGGUCGAGGGCAUGAGCAGCGACGAGAUCAGCCCCAAGCUCUACCAGGUCUUUGAGCAGCGCUUCGUCAUGUAA